AAAUAAAAAAUGUUAUAGAUUAUUGUUUCGCAUAUAAAAAGAUUAUAAACUUCAACCAGUCCUAGAAUGUCAUUAUAUAAAAACGUACGGUUGCUGGUUUGUUUUUGGUAUUUGACUCAGUUUUAUGGUUUCCUGAUACUUGUUAAUGCUAUGCAUCCUUUUAAAUAACCGUACUCAUACUUUAUUUAUGCUCCUACCAAUAUUUGCCUUCACUUAAUGACCAGAUAGACAACGUAAUUGAUUCUAACAUCCGUUCUGAAAAACCAAACUUUAUAAAUUUUAGGCCCAUAUUACAUGUAUUAUUUAAGUUGGGCCGCAAUAAUAUAUUUAUCUUAUAUAUCCAUUACAUUAAAAACGAGAAUUCAUAUUUUUUCCAUGCAUCUGCUUCGGCGAGUAAACUUUGUAAAACUAUUAGAAUAUCUUUUAAAAGUAAUGAAUCUACUAAAUAUUUUUUCCUAGAUAUACAUACAUAAUUCUUGUCUAAAUCACUAUUUUCAUGACAUUGUUUCCAAAUUCAAAUCUUUUAGUCUUCUAAAGCCAUUAUUAGCCCCAGACCCAAAGAGCGUAAGAAUAAAAGACGAGUUUUCCCCAAUAUUCGAAGCUUACGAUUGAAAAUCACAAGCUUGAAUAAAGAAGCUUGACUUUAAAGCAUUUUGAUUUCGAAUCUGAUUUCUGUUUUCGAGAGAGAGAGAAAGUGAAAAUGGGCUCUAAAGGCAGCGUUCAAAAGAUGAUUCAGAGUUUGAAAGAGAUCGUGAACUGUUCCGACUCAGAGAUCUACACGAUGCUUGUGGAGUGCCAUAUGGAUCCUAACGAAACCGUUAUUCGUCUCAUUUCUCAAGAUGCUUUUCAAGAGGUGAAGAGCAAGCGAAACAAAAAUAAAGAUACUAAAUAUCAAGCAGAGUCAUGGAGACGUGGAAUCCCAAAUCGUGGAGCUAGAAACAGUGCUAAGUCCAGUUACAACACCGCUCGAGGUGGCGGCAACAAAUUUAACUCCAAUGAGACAAGACUUGCUCAAAGAGGGAAGGGAGCACGCAACCAUUGGGCUGGCUCUUCUUCAGCACCAAAAAGUGAUCCUAAAAACGCUGAAGUUCAGGAAGCAGCACCAGCGGGUUCAACUGGUGCUGCAGCUUCUUCCUCUUCGCUGCCACCACCAGCGUAUCAAUCCGCUUGGGCCAAAGCUAACCCCGGGAAGAAAACUAUGGCUGAGAUUGUGAAAAUGGGUAAGCCUCUUCAUCAGAAGAAAGUCAGUGUGCCUCGUUCAUUAGAGACGCAAGAGAGGGGAAGCAAAGCUCCUUUGAAAGAUGAAGGGUCUUCAACUGAGAAGCAAGAGAGGGGAAGCAAAGCUCCUUUGAAAGAUGAAGGGUCUUCAACUGAGAAGCAAGAGAGGGGAAGCAAAGCUCCUUUGAAAGAUGAAGGGUCUUCAACUGAGAAGCAAGAGAGGGGAAGCAAAGCCCCUUUGAAAGAUGAAGGGUCUUCACUUGAGAAGCAAGAGAGGGGAAGCAAAGCUCCUUUGAAAGAUGAAGGGUCUUCAACUGAGAAGCAAGAGAGGGGAAGCAAAGCCCCUUUGAAAGAUGAAGGGUCUUCACUUGAGAAGCAAGAGAGUAGAAGCAAAGCUCCUUUGAAAGAUGAAGGGUCUUCAUUUGGAAAGCAAGAGAGGGGAAGCAAAGCCCCUUUGAAAGAUGAAGGGUCUUCACUUGAGAAGCAAGAGAGGGGAAGCAAAGCUCCUUUGAAAGAUGAAGGGUCUUCAACUGAGAAGCAAGAGAGGGGAAGCAAAGCCCCUUUGAAAGAUGAAGGGUCUUCACUUGAGAAGCAAGAGAGUGGAAGCAAAGCUCCUUUGAAAGAUGAAGGGUCUUCACUUGAGAAGCAAGAGAGGGGAAGCAAAGCUCCUUUGAAAGAUGAAGGGUCUUCAACUGAGAAGCAAGAGAGGGGAAGCAAAGCCCCUUUGAAAGAUGAAGGGUCUUCACUUGAGAAGCAAGAGAGUGGAAGCAAAGCUCCUUUGAAAGAUGAAGGGUCUUCAUUUGGAAAGCAAGAGAGUGGAAGCAAAGCUCCUUUGAAAGAUGAAGGGUCUUCAUUUGAGAAGCAAGAUGUUUCUGAUCCAGUGCCUUCUCUCUUGAAACCAUUUUCUGUACCUAAAACACAUGCCGACCAAGUUGCAUUUCAUCAACAUGUGGAUGAGUCUCAAAUGGAUGAUGAGGUCCUCGAGACGAAAACAAAUCAAGUUGCAUUUCAUCCUGAUUUAGACCAGGUUGCGCAAUUGUCACACUUGAGGUUUGGUAGCUUUGGCUUGAUAGGAUCAGGCCGAGCUAGUAGUCGCUUUAAUUAUAACUUGGAGGACACGCAAGAGACAGAGGAGGAUUCAUCUUUCAGACAACAGGACACUAACUUCUAUGGAGGGGAGGAAGAACUUAGAUAUAAUGCUACUGAUGAACAAACAUCCUAUCAAAUAGAUUCGACCGCUAGAAACUACCAUGCUUCAUCAGAUUCUGAAAGAGAAGCGGCACAUCAUGAAGAACCUCCUCAAGAAGAUCCAUAUAUGCAGAAUCUUGACAGCUUCUUCACCAACGUAAUGGAUCUAAGAGAUGAGAGUAUAUCUCCUCCCGGUGGAGGACAACAAGCAGCAGCUGUUUAUCAACAUCCCGCCUUAUACCCAUACUUUAAUCAACAUGGAAUGCCAUUAGGGUAUCAUGGUAACUUCAUAAGUGAUCCAUUCAUGCCCCAUGGUUACAUGCAUCCGGGUUUUCAGCAAGGGUUUCCUGUUGGUAACCAUCAGGCUCCUCUAGUUGUGGUUAUUCCUCCCUCUGCCUCAUCACUUCAGCAGCAGCAGAACGAAAACACAUUUGCCUGGCAACGACCACACAUGCGUGUGGCUCCCAGUAGCGAAGUUUACAUCUACAGUGUUAAUCCAAACAUGCAGCCUCCCGGUUUCGUUCAAGCCCAACAACUGCACCAGCAACAGCUGUCUCAACAAGCUUUAAUGUCACUGGACCAACUCCGUCAUCAGCAUCAGCAUCAGCAUCAUCAACAAAGUGCUGGAGAGGCGUCUAGUCAGACUCAAGAACAGCUAUGGCCCAAUAACAACUAGUGAUCAAAAUAAAAACCCCUCUCUCCAUGCCUUGCUUUCUCUUUCCUUUUUUACUUUUGUGAUGUUUGUUAUUCCCGAACAGCGAUGAGUUGAUUCAGAACUAUGAAAAUGGUGUUGUGUGUGUUUGCAUGUUUGGCUAAUAAGAUUUAUGAGGGGGUUUGUUAAAGACUUUUUUAAUGGUUGGUUUGUUGACUUGAAAUUCUGUUUUUGUU